AUGCUCCCAGCCGCACAAGCACCACCACACCUGCCACCGAGCUCCCCGACCCACCCGUCCCCCGACCCGUCCUCGCCCCGCCCUCGCACCCGCUCCCGCACCUCGUCCAUCCGCCGCAAGCCCGUCUCGUACCUCGAGGGAGACGACGUCGAGCUCCUCGCCGUCCACGACGCCGCAGCCACCGCCACAGCCUCGUGGCAGCUCCGCACCGGCGACGGUCCCCGCGCCUCAGGCUCGGGACCACCUUCGCCUGCUCCAUCCUCGACCUCGCACGCUUUCCCGCCACUACUCGCCCGAGCGCAACCGCCCGCAUCCGCCUCGAGCUCUGCCCUCGCAACCCCCGCCGCUCCAGCCUCGUCCCUCGAGCCCUCGCCGAGCACGUCGUCGUAUCAGCGGCCCUACCUCGACCAGCCGCCUUCUUCGAGCACGACGACGCAGCACGCCGGCGCCAGCAACCCGUUCGCGACGCUGUCGUCGUCGCGGCGCUCGCUCCGGUCGCAGCGCAGCUCGGUCGGCGACGAGAGCGUGUUCGGCACGGCGCCGGUCGGCGUCAUCGGCGAGACGCGGCCGCGCGAGGUGAUCCGGGUCGAGCGUGACUACUCGGCGGGCGAGACGUGUCAGAUGUGGAGCGGGUGGAUCUGGGAGCUCGAGGGCAGGGUCUCGCCGACCGACUACCAGAACGCGCUCAACGAGGUCAACGAGGUGCUCGCGUCGGCGCACGACCCGACUCGGUCCGUCCUCGACAACUGCUUGGCCAUCGUCACGCUCUACCUGUCGCCGCUCGUCCUCUCGUCGCACUACGAGCGGGAGAUCCGCCGCUUGCACUCGGUCCUCGAGCGACUCAACCGCGACCUGUUCAACCCGGCCGGGCUCAACCUCCUCUCGCCGCUCAAGCGCGCCUUCCUCUUUCCGUCGGGCCCGGCGGCGGCGGGCACUGCCUUCCGCAGCAGCGGUCGCCGGUCGCAGUCGAUCGAGCGGGCGGGCGCUGCACGGUCCCAGCUGCGUCGAGCACGGUCGGACUUUUGCUGA